CCCCGAUGAAUGCUAUGCUGAGUCACUAGUCAACUGACCUCUUCAUCAAGGCACACCGUAUUGCGCACUUGGCAUCUGUAACUCUUGACCUCGUAUGGCCUUGCCUCAGAUUCCCUUGAGGCAUAUCCGCUGAAGCAGCUCGCAGCGCCAAUCGCGCUUGUCGAGACGCCAUUCUGGAAAGCUCGCAACCUGCUCGUUGACGCUUAAGCUGCCAUCGACAUGAACACCUACUGCCCAUCUGACAGGUCGCACGAGGCUGGACCAUCCACGCUGCGACUAGCUUAUGCAUCUCCGAAAACGUUCACACCGGGCUUUUAUUCUCAUCGUACCAACGGCGUGCUGCCCACAGUCGCAUCGAGCGCGAAGCUCAGGCGAGUGUCUCAAUGGAGCCCGUCUACCAUCGGCUCGCUGGACCGUAUCGACGUACUCGGCGGUCUCACCCCAGCCAGAGAGCACAUAGGCCACACAGGAUGUGUCAAUGCUCUGGCUUGGUCAUCCGAUGGAAGCACUCUGGCCAGCGGCUCUGAUGACAAGACCGUCUGUCUUUGGAGGCUCGGAACAGAUGCCGCGCAUCCGAGAGCCGAGCACGUGCAUCGUAAACCACCAAACACUCGAAGUGGCCCUCAAUCGCGCCGCACUGGAGGAAUAUGGGGCGUCAACAGCGGCAUUGGUGUAGCUGGAGAUAACCUGCUCGAUGAGCUGAACGAGGAGAUUGCAGAAGCGAAAGCUGCGGAGCAGUGGCCUGCGCCUGAUCUAGGCUUUGGUCUAAGUGGUGUGGUGGAGACUGGACAUCGAGCGAACAUCUUUUCUGUCAAAUUUGCACCAACUCUUCCUAGCAGAUUGUUCACCGCAGCUGGUGACUCCGAAAUGAGAGUGUUCGACCUGGCGCAGUCUGAUGCCAAGAUUUUGUCUCACGCCAUUACCAAGAGGCAGUACGAGCACGACAAUCGAGAAGUGAUGGUCUGGCCUCGAGGUGGAGGCGUGUGCACGCGCGUUCUCCGCUGUCACAGCGCGCGGGUCAAACGCAUCAGCACAGAGAAUAGUCCCGAUGUUUUCCUAAGCUGCGCAGAGGAUGGUGAAGUGCGCCAGACGGAUCUCCGGGUCAAUCACACGUGCAGCGAGCGAGGUCGUAGCUCGAGCCAAUCAUUCGCACUGUCGAGCUCGACGUGCCCUUCGCCUCUAGUACGACAUUCGAUGGAGCUGUACAGCCUCAGCGUCAGCAAGGUGGAGCCUUGGCUGUUCGUUGUAGCAGGCACGUCCGCCCACGCUUAUCUUCAUGAUCGAAGAAUGCUCCCCCGCCUACUGAAACGGGAAUGGGGUGAAUCAACCCCGGAGCCUGAGCGUGAUGCGCUUACGCAGUGCGUCAGGCGUUUCGGCAGACCCCAACGACAGUGGGAUUCUGGUGAGCCGGUCAAAUCCGCGUUUGGAAGGGCGCACAUCACUGCAGCUAAGAUUGAAGAAUCGACGGGUCGAGAACUGCUCCUUUCUUAUUCGGAUACCGACUCGACCAUUUAUCGAUUCAAUCUGUACGACGAGCCAGAAGAGAUGCAUCAUCCCGAAGCCAGCCAAUGGGUGGUGCGGGAGCAGGAGCGUAAUAGAGCGAGCGAAGUCAGAACGUCUACGCAGAAGAUUCAUAGCAGCGGAACAUUGGAUGACAACCACACAGUCGAGCGGUUCAGGCGUCUGGUGGCUGCCAAGAAAGCUUUGCCUCUGCCAAGGAACAUACGAUCAGCGAUCGUCGGUCUGCUAUUUCCGCGACGGACGCUCAGCGAGGGCCGACAAGCAGAGGCAACCGCUUACGUCGAAAGGUACAAAGCUAUGCAACACGACUCUUCGGAAACUCUCCCUUUAUGCGUCUGUGAGACUCUGCUUCUGUUUCAGCGAUUGGACGAGCCAGCUGCAACAGAGACCUUCGUGCAGGGAAGAAGCCGGUACUUGGAGACAGCUGUACGAGCGAAGGAGCUGCUCCAAAACGCAAGAUCGAGCGACGAUGAUGGGGAGGACCAGGAUGAAGACGAUGUCGAGCCCGGCAUGGAUGUCUCAAAUAAUCUUCUUCUGCUCCUCGAAGGUCUGGUCGAUGAUGACAAGGCUAGGAACACUCCUGAUAUCCCCACAUUUCACAAAUUUCUGGAAGUCCUCUUCGACGAGGCGGAAAGUGUGCUACGGGCGUUUUGGGGCAGCAAGUGCUUCGAGUUUACUGAUCGGAUGCGACUUUCGGGGCAAAGUGAUCUAAGCUCGGAUGAGGAUCCUUCGAUCAGUACUGUUGCACCUCAAGCUGCCGAGCAGAGCUGGCAGUGGACGAGCAAUUCUGGACAGUCUCACGCGCCCCAUGCCUUCGGUUCAAACCCUUCACAGCACCAAUCUCGACAGCAGAUUUGGAAUCGCGCAGACAGCUGGGAAGACCCUCCUGAAGAUGGCGUCGCGAGUUGGAGAGAGGCUGUACCACGACCAGAGAUAAGAGGAGAGUCCGACGUUCAGCCUCGAACAGGCCCAGCUUUCGCUACAUGGGACGGGCCGGAUGAAGACGAAGACUUGCACGAAGAGCUCGCACGGCCGCCGGCUUUCCCUUUUGCAGAGGCACACCUCAAUCUGGCGCAUCUCACCCGAAGCAGGAACCUCCUGCCGAGCGCAGUCGACGAGGGCGAUGACGCCAACGAGUUCUUUGCUGAGUUUGAGCAGCGAGACGACGAUGACGAGGUCGAAAGCACUGCAUACGGUGGUAAUGGUGGCUUGGACGACGACGAUGAGGAUAUGGAGGAUGGGGAUUCUGACAUGUUGGACAUGUAUGAGGAGCAAGAGGAGGAAGACGAGGACGGGGACUCUCUCGUGUUUCCCACGCGACCCGUUUCGGAUAGCAGCAAAUUCGAUGAAGCGCCGAUGGUGUACCCGCGCGCGCGAUAUCAGGGCCACAUCAACCGGGAGACAGUCAAAGACGUCAACUUUGUCGGGCCGUAUAUCGCAUCGGGCUCGGAUGACGGGCGCCUAUACCUCUACGAUCCGGCCAGCACACAGCUCAAAGCUGUGAUCUGUGGAGAUAGCCAUGUGGUCAACGUCAUGGUUCCCCAUCCGACUUUGCCUGUCAUUGCCGUCUCUGGCAUCGACGAUGAGAUCAAACUCAUUAGUGCCACCUCCUAUGCGAAUGGCGUCGACGGAGGGGUGUACCGAGAGUCGAGGGAGCAUGUGGAGGGGCUCGCGGAAGCCAAUGAGGCCGAGACAGAAGGGCGCUCCGGAUCUUAUCCAGGAGGUCUGCUAGCCAUGCUUGGUGGUCAUCUACGGCAGAUAAAUGCCGAUGGCGAGGCAGUGGAAGGAGAUUGCGGCGUCAUGUGACCAUUUGAGGACAUGCAGCGUUGCUGCGCACGCGCAAGCACACCCAUGAUCGAUCUUCCCCGAAUAUCAGCGGGUACAGGCUACUUUCUCCGGUCUCUGAUCGGUUGCUGUAGACCGAAUUUCUGCUGAGUACUACAGAACGAACCCAUCGUGG